GGGACUUCACUUACAAUCGCACGCUGUAAAGAGGACAGAUACACACCUGUAGCUUAAAUUCCUACUACUAAUUUGAUGAACUGCUUUAUGACUUUACCAAGCCUCGAGAUAUUUCGAGUCAUAUUGUAAAUUAAUAGUAAUGUUCUUAAAAAAUCCCUAAAACAUUUAAUAUUUAACUUCGUGUAUUUAUAUAUAGCAUUUUAACAUCUUGAAAGAACAUUUCGUCAGCCUAUGAUGUCUGGUAAGAGCUAUAGCUGCACAGCCUGUGGUCACAAGUCUCGCUUUAGUAAGGACCGCACGUACAUGGACGAUGGUUUUGACUAUCUAUGUAAAGUGGUACUUAUGGGAGACUCCGGCGUAGGGAAAAGUAACCUUUUGUCCAGAUUGACUAGGAACGUGUUCAACUUAGAUAGUAAAAAUACAAUUGGCGUGGAGGUUGCUACAAGAAAUACACACGUGGACGGAAAGACGAUGAAAGCACAGAUCUGGGACACAGCUGGUCAAGAGCGAUUUCGAGCCAUCACUAGCGCGUACUAUCGAGGAGCUGUUGGCGCGUUACUAGUCUAUGAUAUAGCCCACCGCCAGACAUUUGAGAAUGUGGAGCGUUGGCUGAAGGAACUGCGGGACCAUGCUGAUAAUAACAUUGUCAUCAUGCUGGUGGGCAACAAGAGUGACUUACGUCAUCUACGAGCUGUGCCUACAGACGAGGCCAAGGCCUUUGCAGAGAAGAAUAACAUGUCUUUCAUAGAAACAUCAGCCCUGGAUUCUACCAAUGUGGAAACAGCAUUUCAAAAUAUAUUAACAGAGAUUUACAAAAUAGUAUCUAUGAAACAGAUACGGGACAGUAACGACGACGAUAACUCGCCCAGUAGCAAUGUACAAACAAUACAGGUGGCGCCUACAGACAAUUCUAUGCCUCGCCCAAAAAAGUGUUGUAAUGGCUGAGACUGCCCCUUCACAUUUCGUGGUUUAACCUAACACUUUCAUCACUGAAGACCAUAAUGGACCCAACCAGAUCAAAGCCUGGAAGUGUUUACUAAAGUUACAUAGGGGUGAGAGGGUUAACUUUCCGGUUGCGACGUACAGCAGAGGAUUCAAUUCCAUGUACGAUAUCGGACGGAGACGCAGUGUCAUUCUGGAAAACUUUCCGAUGAGACAGAACAGUUUUCAGUGAUACACAAUUUCUGUCAAGAAACAAUAUUUCUGUGAAAUAUGACAGAUGCAGCAAUAUGGAUGGAAUGUAAUAUGACUUUUACAAACAAGUUACAUAGAUCUGUUUAAUUGUUUCUAAUCACUGAAUCAGUGAAUGCAAGCAUUAUAUUUAUUGAAGUCAUCAAAGUUUUAGUUUUUUCUCAGAGUGAGCGUAAAGGACAACUCUGAAAGUGGAAUUUUCAUUUGCUUCAGAUGUAUAACGGAAACAAAAACAUAAUGUAUUCCUCUCACUUUUAGCUGAUAAUGUAUUGAAGUCCAUGUUCCAAUUACUGUUAUACGAGUUUAAAUAGUCCUCGUGAAUUGUCUGUACCCAUACGAGGACAGGAUGUGAUUAAAUUUACCGAACGGUUCAUUGUAUAACAAUGAGAAACUAUUAAAAAUAUAUUUUCAUGAGUU